AUGCAUCACCGCAAAAAUAACUACCUCUCUGUUUCCGUCCUCCUCCUCUCUCUCUUCCUCAUCGGAAUCAUCUUCCACAACGAAGACGUCAGAUCUUUAACACGGUUCACGUUUCAGAAAAUCCAAUCCCAUGAAAAGCCACUUUCAGAGUCGAACAAUAAUGAGCAAAAGAGCUCGAAGUUGUCAUCGACGGCGGAUGCUGCAGCGGAAGACGAUGAAGACAUGGAACAUCCACCGGAAAGCUGCAAUAUUUUCGAUGGGAAAUGGGUUUUUGACGAUUUGACACGCCCUUUGUAUAAAGAAGACGAGUACUGUAAUUUGCCAAAGUUUAGAGGGAAAUUGUUGGUGGAGAAACUGAAGAACAAGAGGCUUAUGUUCGUUGGAGAUUCUUUAAAUAGAAAUCAAUGGGAAUCAAUGGUGUGCAUGGUUCAAUCGGUUGCUAGUUCAGGAAGAAAAAGCUUGAUCCGAACUGGGUCUCUCUCCAUUUUCAGAAUCGAGGAUUAUAAUGCCACAGUGGAAUUUUAUUGGGCCCCAUAUUUGGUACAAUCAAACUCCGAUGACCCAGAGUUGCAUAAUAUUUCAGACAAGAUUAUCAUGCCAAAAUCAAUCAAUAUUCAUGGUCAGAAUUGGAAAAAUGUUGACUAUUUGGUCUUCAACACAUACAUUUGGUGGAUGAACACAGAAAACAUGAAAGUCUCGUAA